UGUCCUUGCGUCAGACCCGGAAGUGAUGCGUGGUCAGCAGACAGUGAAAACAACAUCAGCUCGCUGUCAACACAUCAGUCUGACUCAGUCUGAACCGCACGGAGCCUCCAGCCGCUAACGGGCCGCUGAUAACGGUCCUCUGUCCGGCAGCCAGCGGUGCUUCUCCCGGCGGAGGCUGAGCAGCAGCGGGAUGUGGAUCCAGCCGGAGGAGGUCCUGAUGGCCGGAGCUCUCUGGGUCUCUGAGAGGGCCAACCCGUUCUUCAUCCUCCAGAGGAGACGAGGACACGGCCGAGGAGGGGGACUGUCCGGUCUCCUGGUUGGGACUCUGGAUGUGGUUCUGGACUCCAGUGCCAGAGUGGCCCCGUACCGGAUCCUCCUGCAGACCGCCGACUCUCAGAUCUACUGGAACGUGGCCUGUGGCUCAUCCAGGAAGGAGAUCACGGUGCACUGGGACUGGCUGGAGACCAACCUGCUGCAGACCAUCUCCAUCUUUGACAACGAUGAAGACGUCACCACCUUCGUCAAAGGAAAGAUCUCUGGCAUCAUUGCGGAGGAGAACCGGCUGAAGCAGGGGGAUGAGCAGGAGGAGGAUUGUGGGAAGUUUCGCGAGGCGGAGCUGAAGAUGAGGAGGCUGUUCGGGAUGCCCGAAGAGGAGAAGCUGGUGAAUUAUUACUCCUGCAGCUACUGGAAGGGCCGAGUGCCGCGGCAGGGCUGGCUCUACCUGUCCGUCAACCACCUGUGCUUCUACUCCUUCCUGUUGGGCAAGGAGGUGACCCUGGUGGUGCAGUGGACCGAGGUGACCCAGCUGGAGAAGAACGCCACUCUGGUGUUCCCGGAGAGCGUUCGCGUCAGCACGCGUGACACCGAACACUUCUUCUCCAUGUUCCUGAACAUCAACGACACCUUCAAGCUGAUGGAGCAGCUCGCCAACAUCGCCAUGCGCCAGCUGCUCGACAACGAGGCCUUCGCCGCCGACCGCUCGCUGCCCAAACCCUGCAAGACGCUCAAGAACGUGUCUGCGCUCAAGAGGGAUUUGGACGCGCGGGCCAAGAACGAGCGGUACCGGAUGAUGUUCCGGCUGACGCAGGAAGAGCGUCUGGACGGACACACGGACUGCACGCUGUGGACGCCGUUCGCUAAGAUGCACGUGGUCGGACAGCUGUUCAUCUCCAACAACUACAUCUGUUUUAACAGCAGAGAAGAAGACUUGUGCCAACUCAUCAUCCCGCUCAGAGAGGUGUCCAUCGUGGAGAAGGCGGACAGCAGCAGUGUCCUGCCGUGUCCCGUCUCCAUCAGUACCAAGAACAAGAUGAACUUCCUGUUCGCCAACCUCAAAGACAGAGACUUCCUGGUCCAACGCAUCUCCGACUUCCUGCAGCGAACGCCCGACAGCUCGUGGGGCGACGCCAGCCCGCUGUCUCUGAUUGGUCACUCGGCGUCCUCCGGCGCCCCCUCGUCCUCGUCUUCAGGACCUGACUCCGUCCACAAGGGGCGUCAUUACCACCCCGGUUUGCCCACAGCCAGCCAGGGUCUGCUGCAGCUCUACCACCGAGACGCUCCGGAGGACCUGGGACCCAAAGCUAUGAAGGAGAAGAUGAAGGAGGAGGCGUGGAAUAUCCAUUUCUCAGAGUUUGGUCGAGGUGUCUGCAUGUACCGAACCUCCAGAACCAGAGAACUGGUCCUGAACGGGAUCCCAGAGCGCCUGAGAGGAGAGCUGUGGAUGCUGUUCUCUGGAGCUCAGAACGAGAUGGCGAGCCACCCUGGUUACUAUGGCGACCUGGUGGAGCAGGCCAUGGGCCUGUGUUCGUUGGCUACCGAGGAGAUUGAGCGCGACCUUCACCGUUCGAUGCCCGAACACCGCGCCUUCCAGAACGACACCGGCAUCGCCGCGCUGCGCCGAGUCCUCACCGCCUACGCCCACCGCAACCCCGGGAUCGGCUACUGUCAGGCGAUGAACAUCGUCACCUCCGUCCUGCUGCUCUACUGUCCAGAGGAGGAAGCAUUCUGGCUGCUGGUGGCGCUCUGUGAGAGGAUGCUGCCCGACUACUACAACACCAGGGUCGUAGGUGCUCUGGUGGAUCAAGGCGUGUUUGAGGAGCUGACUCGAGCCUUCCUGCCGCUGCUCUAUGAACACAUGCAGGAUCUGGGUGUCAUCUCCACCAUCAGCCUGUCCUGGUUCCUCACCCUCUUCCUGUCCGUGAUGCCUUUCGACAGCGCCGUCCUAUUGGUCGACUGCUUCUUCUACGAGGGCAUCAAGGUCAUCUUCCAGGUGGCGCUGGCUGUACUCCAUGACAGCAUGGACGCCCUGCUGUCCUGCAGCGACGAGGGAGAAGCCAUGACCAUCCUGGGCAGGUACCUGGAUAACGUUGUGAAUAAACAGACUGUGGCUCCGCCUACCCCUCACCUGCACGCCCUCCUGACGAGCGGGGACGAUCCUCCGCCCGAGAUCGACAUCUUCGACCUCAUCAAGUCGUCCUACGAGAAGUUCGGCAGCUUGCGCUCCGAUGUCAUCGAGCAGAUGAGGUUCAAACAGAGGUUAAAGGUCAUCCAGUCGCUGGAGGACACAGCCAAGAGGAGCGUGGUGAGAGCGAUGAUGACGGAGUCAGCCUUCAGUAUCGAGGAGCUGGAAGAUCUCUACUGUCUCUUUAAGUCCAAACACAUGACCAGCUGUUACUGGGGCUCCUGCAGCUCUGCAGCUGAGCGUCAUGAUCCCAGCCUCCCCUACCUGGAGCAGUACCGCAUCGACCCGGCCCAGUUCACCCAGCUCUUCACUGCCCUCGCCCCCUGGGUCUGUGUAGGCCACACCUCCACGCUGUCGGCCCGCCUCUUCCGACUCCUGGACCAGAACCAGGACGGACUGGUCAACUUCAAGGAGUUCAUCACCGGACUCAGUGGGAUGUAUCACGGGGACAUGACGGAGAAACUCAAACUGCUCUACAAGCUCCACCUCCCACCAGCUCUGUGUCCUGAGGAGGCGGAGUCUGCUCUGGAGGCAACACACUUCUUCACUGACGACGAAUCACAAGAAUCAUCCCUCCUGUCUGAUCGGGACAUUUUGAGGCAACAGGAAGUGACAUCAGGUGAGGACGGGAAAGACGGAGACGGAGACAGCGAGGAGAUGAAAGAGGAGAAGGUGAAGGACUACAGGUACUACCUGAGGAUGUGGGCCAAAGAGAAGGAACCCAAGACAGAGACCAUCAAAGACCUGCCCAGGAUGAACCAGGAGCAGUUCAUAGACCUGUGUAAGACUCUGUACAACAUGUUCAGUGAGGAGCCUCUGGAGCAGCAGCUGUAUCACUCCAUCGCCACCGUCGCCAGCCUGCUGCUGCGUAUCGGAGAGGUCGGCAAGAAGUUCAACGGCAGCAAGAAGACGGACAACGCCGCUGUUCAGGACCCGCCCACCACACCGGCAACGCCUACCACACAGGCCACGCCCACUGAGCCUCAGAGGGAGGAGGAGCCUAUUCGGGGGGCGUCAGGUGAGUCUCAGGUGUGCCAGGCGCUGGCCGACGCUCAGCUGGAGCCGCUGGCUCCGCAGACGUCGGACGAGGAAACCAAAGACGACACAUCGGUGUCGUCGUAUUCGGUGGUGAGCUCCGGCUCGCUGCAGUGCGAGGAUAUCGCCGACGACACCGUGCUGAUCGGCAGUGGCGAGCAGAGGCGGGGCAGCGUGCUGGAUGUUGAUUGGUCAAUCACCUUCGAGCAGGUGCUGGCAUCGCUGCUGACGGAGCCGCCGCUCGUCGACUAUUUCGAAAACAAGAGGGACAUCCAGAACAAGAUGGCCGCCUGUAAGGCCCAGAGGGUGGUGGAGCGCCAAGUUAGCUCCUCCUCCGACCACGAACUCACUCAGCAUUCCACCUGACCAGCUGACUCACUUACACCUGUCCACCUGACUCACCUGUCCAGCUGACCAGCUGACUCACCUACACCUGUCCACCUGACUCACCUGUCCAGCUGACCAGCUGACUCACCUACACCUGUCCAGCUGACUCACCUCCACCUGUCCAGCUGACACACCUCCACCUGUCCACCUUUCCAGCUGACUCACCUCCACCUGUCCAGCUGACCAACUGACUCACCUACACCUGUCCAGCUGACUCACCUCCACCUGUCCACUUGACUCACCUCCACCUGUUCACCUGUCCAGCUGACUCACCUCCACCUGUCCACCUGACUCACCUCCACCUGUCCACCUGACUCACCCCCACCUGUCCACCUGACUCUCCUCCACCUGUCCACCUGACUCACCUCCACCUGUCCACCUUAUUCUCCUCCACCUGUCCAUCUGACUCACCUCCACCUGUCCACCUGACCAGCUGACUCACCUCCACCUGUCCACCUGACUAACUGACUCACCUCCACCUGUCCACCUGACCAACUGACUCACCUCCACCUGACCAACUGACUCACCUCCACCUGUCCACCUGCUCCACCUGACUCACCUCCACCUGUCCACCUGACCAGCUGACUCACAGCAGGUGGAGUAGGUGGAGCAGGUGGAGCAGGUAAAGCAGGUGGAGCAGGUGAAGCAGAUGGAACAGGUAGCGCAGGUGCAGCAGGUGAAACAGGUGAAACAGGUGAAGCAGGUGAAGCAGGUUGAGCAGGUGGAACAGGUGAAGCAGGUUGAGCAGGUGGAGCAGGUGAAGCAGGUGGAGCAGGUAAACAGUCGGCUGACAAAGACCUAAAAACAUUUGUGUUUCUAAUCGAGUUGUCAAACCUUAAAAUCCGUGAGAGAAUCGUUAUUGUUGUUUCUGGAGGACGGGAGUCGAGGCAGCAGGUAAACGUUUAUUCAGGUAGAUUAAAGAAACACCUGUUAAUCAGGUGAUUUAUGUUGGAAUCAGACUGAAAUAUUAUCAUUGAUUUUAAGAAAAUAAAACUUUAAGAACAUAAACAAUGAAGAGUUCUCUAGAGAAUAUUAAUGUUAAUGUUUUAUUUUCCUUCUUUACAGUUCAGAUUAUAUUAACUGAAUAUUAAUAACAUCAUGAGGUCGUAUUACCUGUUCCUCUCAGGUGAGUUCACACCUGUAGUAUUUUUAUGUUGACGUCACUGAAGCCUUGUUUGUUUGUGCUGCCUGUUUCUGAUGACAUCAGUCCUGUUUACUUCCUGUUGAAGCGAUGAUGUCACAGGAUGUUUUUAUUCUCUGUAUUUAUUCUGCUUUUAAAAUCCAUCAUAUCGAUCGGUUAUUGAUCUGUAAUCUGUUGUCUAAUAAAUACUGAAGGAAUUCACUCUU